AUGGAGGCAGAAUUCUACAAUAAGCUUCAUCGACGCUUUCCAAUCGCGGAAAUUCCAGCUCUUAUAAGUGACCUGGGCGCUCUUGAACUCCACUCCGAGAGAUUUAUUGAGAAUUUCGAAAUAAUAUGUACUCGCAACCCAUACUACGCUAAAAAACUCUUAAAAUGGAUGAUAGAUGCGCCCAUUGACAAAUACGUUACUAUAUCACAAGAUAACUUAGAUGAUGAGCACCUCUUAGAAUGGAUUUAUCCUCGUUACGUAGACUUGCUGCCCGUUGGACCUCCAAGUCCCACUACUAAAGAUAUAAUUCGGUACCAGUUUGGACCACCUCCAAUGCCAUCAGUCGAUAUUCUAGAAACUCCUAACCUUCUUAGCGCUUUAGGAACAACGGGAUUCCGUACGUGGGAAGCAGCAUUGUAUUUAUCAUACUAUUUAUGUUCAGAAGCUGGCAACCCCGUAUAUAGGAACGCGACGAUUUUGGAACUUGGAGCAGGAACUGGGAUGGUCAGCCUUACCUGGCUAAAAUUACACCCCGAGUCCAGUGUUUAUGUGACUGAUGGCGACGCUACCCUUUUGGAGACGCAGCUUCGCGAAAAUUUCGUUAUCAAUGGGUUCGAGCCAGCAAAAACCCCAAGAAUUAGCUUGCGCCGACUAUUGUGGAAUGUCGACCAGCCUCCACAAAAUGACAUCGUGCUUGCCGCAGAUGUCGCAUACGACAGCAAAUUGCUACCAGACCUCUGCAGUUGCCUAGCUACCUCACUGACGGAGAGUGGAACGCAGUACGCGCUCGUCGCAGCAUCAGUCCGCAACGAGGCUACCGUAAUUGCCUUUCAAGAACAGUGUAAUCAGCUGGGUAUAGCUUAUACUAUCAUAAAGUCUACAGAGAAUGAGGAUAGCUAUACACGGGGCUUCUUCGCGCAGUGCAUGACUGGACCACUACUAGCGCCCAUUAGAAUAUAUAGAUUAAAUCUAAGGUCAUAA